CUUGGCAACUUUGACGGCGUCACCUGCCCAGGCGCCAAACGCCUCGUAAUAGGCCUCGUCGUCGUCUCGGUCAUCUGCUUCUUGGCAAUCUACUUCGCAGUACACUUCCGCAUCUAACCUAGCGCGCGACAAAAAGACCUUCCGUUCCCUCGCCAUGGACCUCGAAGAGCUCCAAAAAGUCCACAAGACGCUCAAGAACCAGCACGAGUUUAUUCGCGAGGACAGUCGUAACUUGCAAAUGACGUUGGACUUUUACAUCAAGGAGUUUGGUAUGCACCCGCGCCAUAAUCAAUUGAGAUUCGAGCCUGGGCAUAAACAGCAGGCCUCGGGUGUGGCCGACACCGGCGGUCUUUCGGGCCAUGGAAGCGUGCGGGAGGACGACGACGUCUUUGUGGUUCAACGGCCUUCCGAGGAGUCCGUGAGAGGCGGGGGUGAGGAAAGCGAUGUUCCGGCCGAUGGUGACCGUGUUCCACGGUACAGCGAGGAGCAGAAGAAGAAGAAGGCGAAGCCGCCACGGAUUGAGGCCAUUGCAGCUGGUAUGCAAGAUGUUCCGCUGACGCCCCCCGUUCAGGGGCAAGGUCCUAGAUUACAGACAUAUCAAUGUGGUUUUUCAGCUUUUGCUCUGGACUUGCUUUGCUAAGGUACUCGACAUCUCAGAGUCAGUAAGGUGAGUUGCAGGGUUUGAAUUUGACGUACUCUCUUAUUCGCCUCAAGGGCUUUGCACC